CCGGAGAGCCCGGGGUAUCCUGAGCUUUGUGCCGAGCCGGUGGGGCAGACUCUUGCCACCAGCGUCCCUGGGCGAGGAAGAUGCUGCCGACCGGGAAGACCACGAAGCAGGGCAAAAGGGGCAUUCUAGAGCGCUUAGAUGCUGGAGAAAUUGUGAUUGGAGAUGGAGGAUUUGUCUUUGCUCUUGAAAAGAGGGGAUAUGUAAAAGCCGGGCCUUGGACUCCUGAAGCAACUGUAGAGCACCCAGAAGCAGUUCGUCAGCUUCACCGUGAAUUCCUCAGAGCUGGAUCCAGUGUUCUACAGACAUUCACCUUUUAUGCCAGUGAGGACAAACUAGAGAACAGGGGCAAUUAUGUAGCUGAGAAGAUAAGUUGCCAGAAAGUUAAUGAAGCUGCUUGUGACAUUGCAAGAGAAGUGGCUAAUGAAGGUGAUGCUUUAGUGGCUGGAGGAGUCAGUCAAACACCAUCAUACUUAAACUGCAAGGAUAAAGCAGAGGUUAAAGCAGUCUUUCGACAGCAACUAGAUAUCUUUAUGAAGAAGAAUGUGGACUUCCUAAUUGCAGAGUAUUUUGAACAUGUUGAAGAGGCUGUCUGGGCAGUUGAAGUUCUAAAAGAAUCUGGAAAGCCAGUUGCAGCUACAAUGUGCAUUGGUCCAGAUGGAGACAUGCAUGGUAUUCCACCUGGAGAAUGCGCUGUCCAACUGGUAAAGGCUGGUGCUUCUAUUGUUGGAGUCAACUGCCAUUUUGAUCCAGAUACUUCCCUGGAAACCGUAAAACUGAUGAAAGAGGGCUUGCAGGCAGCUAAACUGAAAGCCCACCUGAUGUCCCAACCACUUGCUUUCCAUACACCUGAUUGUGGAAAGCAGGGUUUUAUUGAUCUUCCAGAAUUUCCCUUUGCUUUGGAGCCAAGAAUUGUAAGCAGAUGGGAUGUUCAAAAUUAUGCAAGAAAGGCCUAUGACUUAGGAAUUCGUUAUAUUGGAGGUUGCUGUGGAUUUGAGCCAUAUCACAUCCGAGCAAUAGCUGAGGAGCUGGCUCCUGAAAGAGGAUUUUUUCCAGAAGCUUCUGAGAAACAUGGUAGCUGGGGCAAUAGCCUGAGCAUGCAUACCAAACCCUGGGUCAGAGCAAGGGCAAGAAAAGAAUACUGGGUGAAUCUGAAGCCUGCUUCAGGCAGGCCAUACUGUCCUUCAAUGUCAAAGCCGGAUGGCUGGGGAGUGACCAAAGGAUCCAGGGAGCUAAUGCAACAGAAAGAAGCAACAAGUGAACAACAGCUGAAGGAGCUCUUCCAGAAACAGAAGUUCUAAUCCACUGCCUUCUCUGUUAGUUAGGUGCCAUUAAUUGGGUAGACACAGAAAUAUGUGAAAAGUAAUAAUUGGCUUAAUCCACCUGUGAGAAGAGAAAAGGCCUUCUAUAAAUACAGCUGUCAAUGGACUUCCACUCCUGAGUCUGUGUUCAGUUUAGGGUUAUGUAGGAGCUUCCUCAGACCUCAAGGUUUGUUGAGGACUACUUCAGGGACACACAAGCUGACAGACACACAGUUAUCUGCAGUUGCUUUCUUUAUUUCAAAAGAAUAAAACUGAAAUGGAAAAUACAUCUUACAUUGGAAUAAAAAAAUAAGGAGAAUGAGAUCUUGCAGGAGUUUCUUAUAUAGAGGAGAAAGGUUCAGAGAACUUCUAAUAGAGAAA